UUAGGCGCAGACGAGCACGGGGGAGACCAUGGCUAUGGUCACGACCAUUCACGCCACCUCAGAGUGGGCAAGAAGAGACAAAUCGUCGGCAUUCUCGUCCUUCAAACGGGCAUCAUGAUCCACUCUAUCGUCAUCGGCCUCACUCUCGCCGUCACCACGGGCUCAGAGUUUACCUCUCUCCUAACAGCCAUCAUCUUCCACCAGCUCUUCGAAGGCCUCUCCCUCGGCAUCCGCAUCGCCUCUCUCCCCUCCCAGUCGGACUCGCCUGACGAAGAGCAAGGCGGGGCAGAGGGGGGGAAGAAGAAGGGCAGCGGCAUGUGGAUGUCGUUUUUGAAGCCGACGUUGGCGUUUUUGUUCGCUGUGACGAAUCCAGUCGGGAUCGUGAUUGGGAUCCUACCUACAAACGACGCACUCACGCCCCUUCCCUCCUCCCCCUCCACACCUCAAACAGCCCACACAAAACUCAUCCAAGGCCUCAUGUCCGCCAUCUCCUCUGGCAUGCUCAUCUACGCCGCCUGCGUCGAGAUGCUGGCCGGCGACUUUGUCAUGGACCAGCUGUUGUGGCGGAGUGGCGUGUGGAAGCAGGCGUUGGCGGUGGUGAGCCUUUUGGUGGGGGUGGCGGGGAUGUCGAUGGUUGGGUAG